AUUCACAAGAUUCUUGCCAGAAGUUUGGAAUCUUGGCUAGGGUUUUGGCUAGGGCAGGGGAAUGGUGCGCGGAUACAAGCAAGAGCAUGUGUACAAGCAUCCGUGGGAUCGCGUGACGGCGGCGACAUGGCGCAAGUACCAGGAUUUGGACAACAAGCCUCAGCUCUCCCACGUCCUGAGCGUGGACACGAUCGCGCGUCGCGUGGACGGCGCCACGGGCGUGCUGGAGAGCACUAGGUUAGUGUCGGUGAACGCGCCGUGCCCCUGGUGGCUCCAGCGGAUCAUCGGCGAUAGGGUGUGCCACUGCAUCGAGCGAUCGAGCGUGGACGCGGCGGCGCGGACAAUGCAGAUCGUGACGCGUAAUGUGACGCUCAAGGAUUUCGUGGAGGUGGAGGAGAAGUGCUGGUGCUCGCCCCACCCCCAAAACCCCGAUUGGACGCUCUUCCGCCAGGAGAUGAACAUCCGCUGCUCCACGCUCUCGGCGCUGGCGUCGCUGGCGGAGAAGAUCGAGCAGCGCUGCAUCGAGAAAUUCCAGCAAAACAGCGCCAAAGGGCGCCAGGUGAUGGAGCAGCUGUGCGCCUUUCUCGAGAAAGAGUCGUCCCUGGGAGGAUCUUGACAGAUUCCCUCGUCGUGUAGGGUUGAUUCGCGCUUUUUUGUUAAAAAACAAAAUAAAUGGUUUCUAUGGCGGCGGAAUCUGGCCGUCGGAUGGCGGGGUGCUCUCGGCCGUCCGAUGGGGAUCCGGGCCCUCACACCCGAUUGGCUCAAA